AUUAGAAGAUGUGAAGACAGAUUUUUUGAAUGACCAAACGGAAGAAAUGGUGCUUCUGAGGCAAGCUUUCAGUAGGGAUUAGAGUUAUUAAUUUAUACGGCAUGCUAGUGACGACUAUUCAGCUGCUUUGGAUUGUUUACAGGCUUUUUGGGGAUGAGAAUAGUCAGGAGAGGGAUGGGUUUUCGAGAAUUGUGUCUUGAAGGUACUCUUAUUUAGGAUUUGGGUAUGAUGUGUUGUGUAAUUUUUUUAAGGGACAGAUAAAUAUGUUUACCCUGUCUUUUGGGAUAGUUACGGUGAUAUGAGGAGGAACUGCAUCGGUGUGAGGGAUAUAUGCUUGGAUGAAAGGGUUUCCUUUUCAUGACACAGAAAGGUACUUUUAUAUACAUUUCAUUGUCACGAUAUUUUAUGUAAUCAAUUUUAUCAUGGUUCAGAUAGUUCUGACUGAAUAUCCUGUGGUAUCAAUAAUUGCUGCACUUGUAAGUGCUUAUCUUAUUCUUGGGCUAAAUAACUUAAUAUGGUGAUUCUUAUGUGAAGUCGAACUAAAAUACCGGAGACACAGAGAGACCCAAGCCAGACACAUCAUUGUCAACGAGACUAAAUAAAUCUCUAUGCAUAGAAGCAAGAUG